AUGUUGCCUGUUGCCAUCGUAGGUGGCGGGCCAGUUGGGCUCGUCUCCUCCAUCCUCCUCUCUAUGCGCAAGAUUCCACACCAAGUUUUUGAGCAGUUUCCAGGAACAUCUAUUCACCCAAAAGCGUGUGGUCUGAAUCAACGGACCAUCGAGAUUUUCCGCCAUAUCGGAGUUGAAGAAGAAAUUAAGAAGCACAGAGCCCCGCUAGAAAUCGUUGGGCGAACUGGGUGGUUCACAGGAGUCGGACCACAAAGCCGGGAGAUUUUCAGUAGAGAUUCUUGGGGAGGAGGGAAAUAUGAAAAUGAAUAUCUCCAGGCGAGCCCUGUGCAAUAUAGCACCCUGGCUCAGAUUCGUCUAGAGCCCAUCUUACAACAGCGAGCACUAGAACUCAAUCCAGCUGGAAUCCGGUAUCAAUCAAAGGUUACGAGCGUACGAGAGCAAAGAGAUCAUGUGAGUCUUGAGGUCGCCCGUAAGGAUGGUCAGGCCGAAGAAGUUAAGGCAAAGUUUGUCAUCGGAGCGGAUGGUGGGAGGGGGCUCGCGGAGAGUUUAGGCAUUGGUUGGAAAGGCGAACGCGAUAUCGUGGACAUGGUCACAGCCCACUUUAAGGCUGAUUUGACAUCCAUUCAUCCCGACCCAAGGAUAUUCAUAUCGUGGUUGAUAAACCCGAGGCUACAAGGCAGCCUUGGGGCAGGGUAUCUGUACCACUUGGGGCCUUAUUAUCCUCAACGAGCGGCGAAGGAGGAAUGGGUGCUGGCAGCACCUCGAAGCAGGAACGACCCUGUUGAGUUUGAUAAUGCCACCAUGAUUGAUCGCAUCAGAUGCAGCCUCGAAAUUCCGGACCUCGAUGUCGAUCUACUUAGCCUCAGUCAAUGGACGGUCAACGCUAGAGUCACGGAAAGUUAUCGCAGCAGGGGAGGGCGAGUGUUUCUUGCUGGCGAUGCCUGUCACCGUGUACCACCUUGGGGAGCCCUGGGAAUGAACAGUGGUGUGCAGGAUGCAUUCAAUCUCAUCUGGAAAUUGGCUCUUGCUAUCAAAUCAAAUACUUUGGCAGCGUAUAGCGGUUUAUUGGACACGUACGAAGAAGAGCGCAAACCAAUAGCCGUCCGCGUCGCACAGAACAGUCUGAAGAACAUGCGUAGUCACGCCAAUGUCAUGGAUCACGCAGUGGGAAUCAAUGCGGAUACAACAACCGAGCAGAACUUGUCAGCUCUUGCUGCUUACUUUGACCCUACUCAUCCUGAAAAUAGCGCAAAAAGGGAGGCUGUUCGAAAGGCAAGCGGCGAGCUCGACCAUGAAUUCCACGCUCCCGGGAUCGAGAUCGGGUGGUUCUAUCCUUCAGCAGACAUCAACAACGAAGGCGUGAAAACUCGGCACGGCGGGCAAAUCAAGGAGGACGGCUCCUUCAACUCCACACAAUAUUGUCCAUCUACCAUUCCUGGUCACCAUGUACCUCAUGCGUGGCUUGUGAAAGGAGACAAAGUGGUUUCCACACGUGACCUAAUCCAGCUUGAUCGGUUUGUCCUGUUCACACAGACUUCGGGUGUCUGGGACAGAGCUGCAAACAACGACAUCGCCGUUCACACUAUCAAUGGAGAGGCAGAUAAUUGGUCUGAUCGAGAUGGAACAUGGGCAAGGCUGUGUGGGGUCGAGAAGGACGGUGCGGUACUUAUGCGACCAGAUGGUAUUGUGGCUUGGAGAGCAGAUUCUUUCAGCUCCAAGCUCUUGAACGAGCUUCCAUCGAUCAUUGAUCGUAUCUUGAAAAGAGCUUGA